AUGGGUAAAAAAGGGAAGGCAAACAAAUUGGCUAAAAUGUCCGAGGAAGAGCGCGCGCGUUACAUGCAAAUGCGUGCGGACAUAGAGGAGGAGGCGCGACGGCGAAAAGUGCAAUUGAUAUCACUUUUCAUGAAGAAUAAGCUCAAGCGCGAGGAGGCCUUCUGCCGCCUCAAUAUGGCGAAAAUCAAUCAGGAAUGGCGUUCCAUCCUACGGCAAGUGAAGGUGCAGGAGCUGCGCAAGGAAAUGGAGGAGCUGCAGAAGUUCUUUCAAGAGCGUCUCGAUCGCAAAUAUCGUAUUAUCAAGCGGCUACUCAACGAUAUCGACAUUGCGGAGGAUAUGUACUCCACGCUGCAUCAGUCGCAUAUGGAAAUUGUGAAUAAGAUGAUUGGCCUCCAACAGCAGCGCAUGCAAUUUUUUAAAGAUACUUAUGAGAAAAAUAAGACUACAGUCUUGGAAGAAUACGCACAGGAUUAUGCAGAUUUUCAACAAAAACGUCAGAACGCCUUAGAAGAGUUGGAAUGUGUUAAGUGUCAAUUGGAAGAUGAGAGCGAUAAGCGCGCCAAUGAGAGAGAGGAGCGCCAUUUACAGCAAUUGGAUGAUAUGAAGAGUGAGAUGCAACUCUACAUUGAAAAUAUCACCAAAAGUGGUGAAUCUAAGCUCGAACGCCUCUGGCAGGAAUAUCAAGAUGUGCUCGCUGGUUAUAUGCGUCGCACAGAGGGCUUCUACGCGGAGUAUAUGGAUCUGAAAGAACGUGAUGAGGAGAGCUCGAAAGUCAUACGCGAUCAUUAUCACCAUAUCGAACGCGCCGGAGAUCAACUGGCACAUCUCAAGCUCGUCUACACCGAUACACUGGAAAAUAAUGAUGUUAAGAUUGUUUACUUCGUAAAAUUAAGAGAUGAUCUACAGCUUCGUAUGUCCGAGUCUAAAGCGAACUUUGAAAACGAAUUGAAAGCAGACGAAGAACGUUUCAAACUGAUGAGUGUAGAGAGCUAUAAUAUACUGAAGCAUCUUAAAAGCAUCGCUGCCGCUGGAGAGACAUUACUGCAAAUAGCACUCGUCUGUCGUAAGCACGAGACUGAAAGAGAGCAGUUGCUGCCUUUGGGUUUGCCACCGCUCAGUAAGCAAAUGUUCGCAGAGGAAACGAAGGCUCAGGAGAAUGAAGAGAAGAAGUUGGCGGAAGCGCUGAAGGAUUCAGAGCAGCCACGAGAGCAGUUAGAAGAAUACGCCUUCGUGAAUUGGAUGUUGAUGGAGAAUUUUUGGCGACGCGUCAACAAUGCACGCGUUGAUGUGGUCUGCAUGAAGCGGCAGAAGAAAACGCUCGAAGAAGAGAAUGCCCAACUGAAAGCACAACUACAAGAUCAUCUAAUCAACUUGAAUCUGAGCAACGGCUCUAAUCUGCACAUCAACGAUUAUCUAGCCAAACGACCGAGCAGCAUGCGUGUAGAUCGUGUACCGCAGGAACACUUGAAACAAACGAAAUGUCGCAGCGCAGCCGAAGGGCGACGUACGAGCGUAACGCCAAGCGGCAGCAACAGCAAAGGCUUUCGGCGUCCCAUCACCGCUUGCAUAGAGGCGAAUUUCACCAGCACCGUGCGUACGGCACGUUUGCUGCGCGGCAAACCGAAGUUGGCGAAAAUUGAGGCUUUUGUGAGACCGUAA